GAGAAAUAACAUCAGCAAACACCUCGCCUGCAAAUACCCUCUCUACUUCUCGAUCGCUUCUUUCUAUCAAUACGAUACACAUAUACACAUAUUUCGGCGUACUUUGCUAGUUCCGGUCGCGUGCAUGAUCAACAGAAGGGGCCCGCUUAACCCCCCGACUCGGCUUCUUGGUCUGCCUUCUCAUCCACCCGCUCCCUUUCCAUCUCGCAUCCCAUCUCGCUGCUCUUCCUCAUGACGGCUGUCGCAAGCCCGCCAACUUUCGCUCAACACAAUCGGCCGGCAUGGAGUAUUAACGGCGGACACGCCGGUCAGAUCAAUUCCAUGAAUCCUGAUGAGCUGAACCGGAUGCUUCUGCCUCGAAAGAACUUGCAGCGAAACAACUCUUCCUCUUCCAUUUCUUCGACUUCAUCCGUAUCAUCUACCUCAACUAUCGCUACCACCGGCUCCCAAACGAAUGGCAACUCUGUACCAACUUCGGGUGACAUGGGCGCGUGGAAUAAUGGUACCGGAACACGAAAGCGACCCCAGCCGAAAGCCCCGUGGCCGACUCCGAAACCAGAUGCCCAGUCUGAUUUUGUAAGAAUGUCUGCAGGACGCCCGCAGUUGGUUGGUGGCAUAAAUGGAUCUGCGCCGAUGCAUUCACCUUCACCAGUAUUACCUUCCCAAGGCAUGAUUGGAGCGCAGCAAGGAAUGUCCCGUCCUAUGGCUGAUUCCUUAACCGGCGGGAACCAGCCUGUAUUAUAUCUCUUGUCUCUCAACGGAACAUUCGAGCGCAAAACGAUAUCUGUCCCGUUUUCUCCUGAGACCCUUAGGAUUGGUCGUCAGACGAACGCAAAGACAGUUCCCACACCAGUUAAUGGUUUCUUCGACUCGAAAGUCCUUUCUCGCCAACACGCAGAGAUCUGGGCGGACCGCCAGGGAAAGAUCUGGAUUCGCGAUGUUAAGUCUUCGAACGGUACUUUUGUCAAUGGUACACGAUUGUCACAAGAGAAUCGCGAGUCCGAGCCACAUGAAUUGCAAACCAACGAUCAUUUAGAACUAGGUAUUGAUAUCGUUAGUGAGGAUCAGAAGACCAUUGUGCAUCAUAAAGUGGCGGCGAAGGUUGAACAUGCAGGUUUCUUGAGCCCUUCGAGUAAUCUUCUCGAUAUGAAUUUCGGCGAUCUCGAUCCUGCGAAUGGCUCGAUGAUGAUGAUGGGUCCGCAAGGUGGUUUGCCUGCUCGGCCUAGAACGGGAAGCCAAGCUUCUAUGGCGAGUAACGGACGGAUUGUUGCGGGCGGUAGUAUGAUGGGGUCCCAAGGAAACGUCAUGGCUCAUCAACGAGGUCUGUUCUUUUCGCCUAUUAGCACCGAGCAGAUUGUAAAGCGGCUUCAGCAUGAGAUGCGGAAUCAGCGUCUUCAAUCGCAAGAUCUAGGUCGAACAAAUCAGUUUGUCCAAGGACUUCUGACGAAAGAUGAUAUUAAGGAUAUCGAGAAACCCGAAGUAGCUGAGCAGCCACGGUCACAAAUAAUCAAUGGGAAUGGGAUAUCAUUCAGAUCCGAUAAUAAAACACGAUUCUCCGAUCCUCCAGCGCCACCACCACAACAACCUUUGCCCGAGAAACCAGAUGUUCCAUCUCUAAAGCGAGGUAUCACCGAGCGGCCUAAACAGCCCAGCCAGAACAUGUCACCGAUCCGACAGGACGGGAUGAGCCAGAUCCUACACUUGACAGAAGCCUUGAGUAACGCGAAGCGGGAAAUAGAAAAUCAGAGUUCACGUAUGCGAGACCUUGAGGAGACCUUGCAGAAAGAGCGACGAGCUCGAGAGCUUGCCGAGGAGUUGGCCAGAAGAUUAGAAGAGAACUCUAAUAUACAGACAAAUGGUGUUCCUGUGAAGUCAGAAGCUCAGGAGACCGCAUUGGAAGAAGCCUUCGAACCACCUAUAGAUGAAGUAUCGUCUGCUACCGAUAAUAUUCUCAGCGACACUAACAAAACAGCUCUGCAAGCUGAAGCCAUCGAAGCUUCCGCCACGCAGUUACAUACUCAGAUUGAGUCAAUGGUGUUAGAAAUCAGGGAUCUACGACAGCAGCUCGAUGCUUUCAAGCAGCGGGCGGAGACAGCUGAAGCUGAAAGAGAUGCAGACCGCAAGAGUCUAGCAGAAAUGGCUUUGCAGAUUCGAAGAGAUGCUGAAGCUAAAGAAGCUGCUGCACGAGAGAAAGCUCUAUCGGAUUCCCGUGCUAUCGAGAAAUCUAACGAUGCAAGUGUGACAUCUGAGGACUUGUCCACUGUGGCUGGAACGUUACCUCCAGGCUCAAGCCAGGGCCAGUCAGAUUCUAGCGAAACCAUUGACCAACCCACGCUCUCAAGGGCCAAUACCAUUACGCCACAUUCUACGACGUCCGGGCUUUUACCACGCGAUCAGGCAUUGGCAAACAGCAUACCUUAUGCAUCCAUGAUGGGAGUUGUCCUUAUCGGUAUGGGCUUAAUGGCUUAUAUAAACGGGUGGCAACCGCAACCAAGACUCGAGCGAUGAUCAACUUAGCUAUUGCACAGUCAAAUUAAUGUUUUCUGCCCGGUAUCAACAUAACUGACCACCUACCUAGGUACAUAUUGACAUCCAUCCUUUACACAUUCACGAGUUCUUUCCCUUUGUCCUCAUUCUAUAAUAAGCUCGUCCAGCUUUCGUAUCUUCAGAUACCAGUCUUUUUGUAACAAGGCAUCAAUUUGGGACCGGCGUUAGGGGAGCGGCAAGUGACUACGUUAAGGCCACCAGACUACGGGGCUUUCAUCCAUUUUCUAUCUAGCAUCGAUGAUUAUGCGCACUCGGCCUCUAGGAUGUGGUUCAUUUGUGGCAGGAUACGGAAAAUUAUUAAGUACGCCGGAUCGAGAUGGCCCGAUUCGAAAAUAGGGGCCAUUGAAAGGCUGCUUCUAUGCGUCUUCGUAGCUAGGCGUCCGCUAUGUAUUAGCAGGUCGGGUCUAGUCAUAGGACUUG